AUGGCCUCAGAGCUACUCUCUGCCUUCCGCGUCCAGGAUUUUCGUGACCAUUAUGUCCAGUUUGGCCGCUGGUAUUCUGCCCAUCGCCCUCUCGUUCAGCGAGCAAUCAACAUUGCCUUCAUCGUCUACGUUCUUGGCUCGACAUUUCGUGGCUUGUCUGGAAAGGGCGGAUCUUCCAGGUCGACCAAGUCGAGGAAAGGCAAGGGCGGGAAGGAUGGUGGUGAUGACAAGAAGUCGACAAGGGUUGCCGUUGACUCUGUAUUUUACCAGCGGUUGGGCGCCAUUCUCAGGAUUGUCAUACCAAGUAUAAGAUCGAAAGAGGCUUUACUUCUGGUCACGCACUCAAGCCUGUUGGUGCUACGGACUGCAAUCUCUCUUUAUGUCGCCGCAUUGGACGGAAGGAUUGUCGCGAGCCUUGUACGUGCCCAGCCUCUUCAAUUUUUCCUCAACAUUUUACGCUGGCUAUGUGUUGCGAUACCUGCGACGUGGACCAAUAGCUGGCUUAGCUACGUUCAGAACAAGCUCACUAUCGCCUAUCGGACACGCCUUACAAAUGUCGUCAUGCAGCAGUACCUUGGCGAUGAAGAUGAAGGAGCGCAUGGCAAGGUCUACUACAAGCUUUCGAAUUUGGACGACAGGAUAAAGAAUCCUGACCAGAUGAUAACUCACGACAUUCACAAGUUUUCGACACACCUAGCCGCCAUAUAUGCUAAUCUCGCUAAACCGACGCUCGACGUGAUACUAUAUAAUUACCAGUUGUCUCAGAAUGUGGGGGCCGAAGGUUUAUUAUUACUUACUGUUUUGGUCCAGUCUUCAGCCGCCCUGCUGCGCUAUCUGACGCCUCCUCUCGGAAUGUAUACGGCAUUGUCGGCGCAGCUGGCUGGCGAAUUGCGCCACACACAUUCCCGAUUGGCCGAAUUCUCUGAAGAGGUGGCCUUUCUCGGCGGAGAAGAGACUGAGAAGAUGCUCGUCGAAAGGGAGUACGCGACCGUAAUGAAACACGAAAACAAAGUCCUAAACAAGCGCUGGUGGUUUGGAUGCAUCGAGGAAGGUAUCAUUAAGUGGCUAUGGGGAGGUUUCGGAAUGAUCAUAUGCGGUAUCCCUAUCUUUAUCAAACUUCCCGGCAUCUCAAGCGUGGACCUCGGCGGACGUACAGAAGGUUUCGUAACCAACCGAAGACUAUUGCUGUCAUCUUCAGAUGCCAUUGGUCGAGUGAUGUACUCUUACAAGGACUUGUCGGAGCUAGCUGGUUACACUGCUCGUGUUUCUCUGUUGCUUGAUGCAAUGAAAGAUAUCAAGAAGGGAAAAUUCGAGAAGGCACUCAUUAUCAGUGCAACAACAGGAGAAAAUGCCAAAAUUCUCCGGGGUCGGGGGCAAAUCAUCAUUUCAGAGGACAUUCAGUUUGAGAAUGUCCCCAUCGUUACACCAAAUGGCGAUGUCCUCAUUAAAAGUCUAAGCUUUCAUAUCAAACAUGGACAAAACCUGCUCAUUGUGGGGCCUAACGGGUGCGGCAAAUCUUCGCUUUUCCGUAUCCUGGGGGGCCUUUGGCCUGUUUACGGUGGUGUCGUUCGAAAACCUGUCGCCUCCGAAUUUAUCUUGAUUCCACAGCGGCCGUACCUCUCACUUGGAACACUCCGAGAUCAGGUUAUUUACCCUCAUUCGCGAGAAAAUAUGGAAGCCCGUGGUAUUACGGAUGACGAUCUCUUGAACAUUUUGUCCAUUGUCCAGAUGGAAGGUGUCGUUGAGAGGGAAGGUGGAUGGAAUGCUGCUCGAGAAUGGAGAGAUACUCUAAGUGGUGGUGACCAGCAGAAGAUUGCCUGGGCGAGAUUGUUUUAUCAUAAUCCCAAGUAUGCAAUCUUGGACGAGGCAACAUCACUAGUGCCGCCAGACAUGGAGGGAAUGAUGAUGGAGUACGCUGCCAAGCUUGGGAUUACGCUCUUGACGGUAUCUCAUAGACCGUCGUUGUGGAAAUACCAUGCUAUGAUUCUACACUACGAUGGUCAGGGUGGAUAUGUAUUUACCAAACUCGAUGCAGACAAACGGUUAGCUCUCCAGACGGAGAAACAAGCAUUGGAGACGAAGUUACUUGAAGUGUAA